CGAAAUCUGUUCUCAGUCUGAGCCGACAAGAAAUCACGCGUCCUUUGUAUGGAUUAUGGAAUUUGACAAACUGGCUAACUACCACAUGACCUCCCACUUCAUUUAUAGCACACAACAAAAAAUUUCAUAUAUCAGUAUUACCACUUUUUUUCAUUCUACAAUCAAGAGAGAGACACAAACCUUAAAUAACACCACACCUGGAAAAUUACAAUGAGGCAAUAUUUCCAAAACGUUGUUAUCAUCACAUUUAUGAUAUUAUUGUCCAUAAUGUCUUUGCAAUCCAACGGUAGAGAGCUCCGUCCAGCGGAGCACGGGUUGACAAAUCAAGACUUUUCAUCCACACCAACAACAAACGACGACGUUCCGGAGAUGCUCUCAUUCUUUGGCGGCGGUGGCCGACGGAAUGCUCAGCCGCCGGUGGCGCUGCCGAUUGCAAAGAACUUGACGUGGAUUGGCGGCGACAGAGGAGGAAUGCCAGUUCACCACAGCAGUAAAGAUAACGUGAGGGGAGCAUUAUUGAUUUCCAGCUUGGUGUGUGGAGCAACCGGUAUUGUUUUGCUUGCAGUUUCCGCGUUUGUUUAUGUCUUUAGGUUCAGAAAGGAAAAACAAGUGCAAACACAAGGAGAAACGUCUUUGUCAACUUCAGCAGAUAACGUUGUUGUCGUCCAUAAAUGAAUUACAGUGUUUCAUAUUCGAAAGGGAUAGUAAAUUAAGUCAGUCUCAUUUUCAAUAUUUUUAUUUUCUUUCUUAUUAUUUAUGUACAGCUGGAGUACAUAAUUUACCAAUUUUCUUU